AAAAAAAAAAGAUGUUGAGUUCUGGAAAUCUAGAUACAAAAAUGAUAGGAGACAAAUUCAUUUUACUUAAAAAAAAAUAAUUAGGAGCAGUAAAUAAUUAAACUAAUAAAUUAGGGAGCUUUUUCUUAAGUUUUUGAAGGAUUUGUAAGAGGGAAGCCUGAAGAAAAAGUAGCCAUAAAAGUUCUAUAAAAUCUACCUACAAAUAUACAAGAUUAAUUGUUUGAGAAACUUAGAUUAAUUUACUAGCGAGAACGUGAAAUUCACAAAGUAUUAGAAAGUGAACAUGUUGUAAAGUAUGAAUUUAAAAAUAAUGAAAUUUAGAAUGAUAGACGUACUUAUUUGUGGUCAAUCUACACACUUAAUCUUAGAGUUAUGUGAAUAGGGAAACCUCCAUACAAUGUUGAGCAAAGAAAAGAAUAAAAGAUUAACAUAGGAAAGUGCUUAUAAUAUAUUCUGUUAAAUAGUAUAAGGCUAUAAAGCAUUAUAUGAUUUUAAAGUUCUACAUAGAGAUUUAAAACCACAAAAUAUUUUAUUUACUAAAGGUAUAGCCAAAAUUGCUGAUUUUGGUUUUGCUAAGUUAAUUGAAGAAAUGGAUCUUGCUGUUGAUUAAACUAUUGUUGGCACUCUUUUAUAUUAAGCUCCAGAAAUGAUGGUUGGUUCAAAAUAUUCAUCUAAAGUGGAUAUUUGGUCAUUAGGAAUAAUCUUUUACGAAAUGCUUUAUGGAGUUUUACCUUUUAUUGAAAAUCAUCCAACUAGAUUAUAUAAGAAAAUUACAUCAGAGCCACUUAAAUUUCCAUAAGAUGUUUAGGUAAAUUAAAUAUACAUUGAUUUAAUAAUAAAAAUGCUUAAAGUAGAUCAAGAAUAAAGAAUAAGAUGGGAUGAUUUAUUUCUAAUGAUAUCUAAAAAUUCAGCAAAUUAAAUAUUUGAACUUGAAAAUUUAAGUGCUGCAUCUACUUAGAUGAGUUAAAGUGAAUAAUUUAGAGUUAAUUAUUAAAGAAUAGAAGAUAGAUUAAAUUAAAUUGAUGAAGUUAAAGACUUCUUUGAUUAUGUUUAGAAAUUGAUUACAUUUUCUAAUAAUAAUACAAAUAGACUUUUUUUUUUGUUGUAUUCACAACUAUAAUUAAGUCAAAAUUUAUAUAUAUUGUUUAUUGUCACAUCAACAAAAUACUUAAUAAAUGAGUAUAAUUAUUAUAUAUAAAUUUUAACAAGCAGUGUAAUUAUUAUUUAUAUUUAUUAGAUUCCUCCAUCUGAAAUUGGUUUUAAGGAGAUGGACAUCAAAACUUUUAAGAGUUGCGAGGAAAAAUAUUAUUCUGUUUUAAACUAAUUUAAGACAAAUCAUGAUUAAAUGAAUAAAUACUACAAUGAAAAACUUUAGAAAGAAUUUGAUAAAUUAUUAUAGAUUACUUCAGAUUAACCUAAAUAAUUAGUAUAAACUAAUGUAUAUUAUUAUAGGUUCAAACCGUUAAUUAAAUUGUAUAAUCGAAUAGGAGAAGUAAAGUUUCAUUAGAUAAUUUUAACAAAGUCUAUUUCCAUUGCAUAUAAGAAAUUAGUAAGUCAAUAAAAAAAAAUCAAAAUAUUGAUGAUGCCACAUUAAGAUAAAUUUACACGUUAUAAAUUUACUUGUUUUAUUCACUUUAUCCUUAGAAGUUUAUUAAAAAUGAUUUUGAACCAAAACAUUUAGAAUAAGAAUUAAUUCAAUCUUCAACUUAAAAAUUACAAAAUAAAGUUUUUGAUCUAACCAUGACAUAUUCAGCAUUAAUAAAAUGA